AUAAGAGAGUGGGGUUCGCUCCGAGACGGGCUCCCAGACUUGGGUGCGCGAGACCGGUCCUCCCGAGCCCUCUUCCUUCUGACAACUGCGCGGGCUGCCAUGGCGCUGCGGGGCAUCUCCGUGGUGGAGCUGGCGGGCCUGGCCCCGGGCCCGUUCUGCGGUAUGGUCCUGGCGGACUUCGGGGCGCAGGUGGUGCGUGUGGACUCGCCCCACUCCCUCGGCGACGUGAGCAGCUUGUCCCGCGGAAAGCGCUCGCUGGUCGUGGACCUGAAGCAGCCGCGGGGAGUGGCCGUGGUGCGGCGCCUGUGCGCCCGGGCGGACGUAAUGCUGGAGCCCUUCCGCCACGGUGUCAUGGAGAAACUCCAGCUGGGCCCAGAGAUCCUGCAGAAGGAGAACCCGAGGCUCAUCUAUGCCAGGCUGACCGGCUUUGGCCAGUCAGGACGGCUCUCCAAGGUAGCAGGCCACGACAUCAACUAUUUGGCUUUGUCAGGUGUCCUGUCGAAAUUUGGCAGAAGUGGCGAGAACCCGUGCCCUCCGCUGAAUCUCCUGGCCGACUUCGGGGGCGGCGGCCUCAUGUGCGCCCUGGGCAUCGUGCUGGCUCUCUUCGAACGCACGCGCUCUGGCAGAGGGCAGGUCAUCGAUGCCAACAUGGUGGAAGGAACAGCCUAUCUGAGCUCUUUUCUGUGGAAAACCAUUAAGACGCCACUGUGGCAGAAACCCCAGGGGGAGAACACCCUGGACGGCGGGGCACCCUUCUAUGAGACCUACCGGACGGCGGAUGGCGGGUUCAUGGCUGUCGGGGCCGUGGAGCCCAAGUUCUACAAGCUGCUGCUCAAAGGACUUGGGCUCAAGUCCGAUGAACUUCCCGACCAGAUGAGCGUGACCGAUUGGCCGGAAAUGAAGAAGAAAUUUGCAGACGUAUUUGCGAAGAAGACCAGGGCGGAGUGGUGUCAGAUCUUCGAGGGCACAGACGCGUGCGUGACGCCCGUGCUGACGUUGGAGGAGGCUUCCCGUCACGACCACGGCAAGGCCCGGGGCUCCUUCGUCACCGACGUGAGGCAGGGCGUGAGCCCCCGCCCCGCACCGCUGCUGUCACGCACCCCGGCCGUCCCUUCUCUCGGAAGGGACCCGUUUUUGGGAGAACAUACUGAAGAGAUACUCAAGGAGUUUGGGUUCAGCCAGGGAGAGAUUGAUCAGCUGUUCGCAGAUAAAGUUGUUGGAAGUAGGAAGCCGAGGGCUAACCUCUAAAGCCCAGGCCCCUCCGCUCGGUGAAUUUGGAUGUUGCGUCUAUAGUGUGGAAGGAUUCAUACAGACGUACACAUGGAAACAAGAAAGAGCAGAAUCCCAGCAUUCCGACUCUUCUAAUCCAGACACGAGCAAUAAGCAACCAGUAAUGGUCACCUUCCGGAAAUGUCUCACUUUAGGGCUUUUGGUUUAGGAAUGUUUCUGGUUUACCUGUACUAAAUUGUGGCAAUUUUUCUGCUGUCCAUGUACUUGAGAGAUUAUAUUUGUUGGUAUUAAAACACUCAGAUACUUAUAAUAUAGUUUAGAUGAAUUAAUAGAAUGCUAUUUAUGAAAUGAAGCUUCCCCCCACUAAAGUUUACUUGUGAGCUUUUAAGUCCGAAAGCUUCCAAGAAAGCCCCAAAAGUAGCAGUUCGAUAGUAUUUUGGGACUUGUUGAAGUGUUUUUGGCUCUCCUGUUUACCAAAAUGGGCAUCCGUAGAUAGAAAAGUCUGAUCCUUUUGAUUAAGGGAAUUAUUCAGCCAGUGUCUCUGAGUUAGACGUUUAGAAAGUGUCCCUGAAACUUCCUUCAGAUAACCCGUACCCCUCCUCGCAGACCCCUCUGUGGGGAGCCCGAUUCCUCUGUGCAGCUGUUGGUUAGCGCCACCCAGACGCGUCUGGUGUCCCGUGAGCUGCACUGUCAUCCAGGCCAAGGGCCUCGUAGACGACUCCUCCAGUUUCCAGUUUCCAGUUUCCAGUUUCCAUUCCCCUCCUGUCUCCCUCCGCCCCCAGCAGGCCCUUGGCUCAUGCCUCACUCCACUUAGGCCACUGCCCCAGUGUCACCGUAUGGGGAGGCCUUUCCUGACGCCCCGUCUGAAAUAGCAGCCACCUUAGCACUCGCUGUCCCCUCACCAGUUUUAUUUCUCUUCACGCCGCGCACCGCUGCUGACACACUGACCGCAGCCCUCGCCCCCUCCUAGCCGGUGCGUGCUGGAGUGUGGGAGCUGUAGAGCGGACGUUGUGGGCCGGGCUCGCCGCUCAGCCCCCAGCCCCUAGAGCUGUGCCAAGCCCACAGUGAACACUGUGUGAAUGUCGAUGGAAGGAAUGAAGCUCCGCGGUGAUGCUUUCUCACUUCCACCUUCCUAGCUGAGUUUUUUUCUUUCCCAGUGAGUAUGUUUUAUCACUGUCACUGAGAAGUGUCUGUGCGUGGUGAUGUUAAAAAGCUGGCUGAAGUUUGGUCAAUUUGUAGUACGUUUAAUUUCUCUGUAGAUGAUGCAUUAAAUGAACAAGGUGCAAACUCCACUGUGCUUUGUCCCUGCCCUUGGUCCUUCCUCCCAUCUCAUCCAUUCGGGCCCCUCUGGCUGUCCCCUGGCCUGCUGCUCAGCUUGUCCUUGACUUUGACCUCCAGCGUCAUCCCCUUCAUUUUUUUCCUUGUGUUUUUGACACCAUGCUGGUCUUUUUCAGUCCUGUAAAAUUCUUUAGUGCUUUUUUCCCCUAUGGAAUAAAAUUUUAACUCAUUUGUAUAGCAUAUCAACCCUUUAUUCAUAAUAAGCCUUCCACCCAGCUGCUCAGGCCCAUCCCCCCCACCCCGGGCUCCCCAGCACUUUGUAUUGGACUGCCUAAAGUUUCUAAAUAUGCUGGGCUCUUUCUUGCUUCCAUCCCUCCCCAUAUGCUGCAACAUUGUCCAGGACUCACAAUACUCCUGACCCAUUUUGCUCUAGCAGAUUGAUCCAGCAAACCCAGACUUGGCUCAAACAGAGUCUUCUUUGUGAAACUUCCUUUCCCAGCCCUAGGGUGGUUUUGUACAGUGACGAUGAACUUGGAGCAGAAAGGCCUUGGGUUCACAUCUCGCUCUGUCAUUGUGAUGUCCAAGGCAAUGCCGUGAUGUCCCCGGGACGUCCUGGGUGCUAGGUGCUGGCUCCUAGUGUUAGGCACUCUCGCUAUGUUUCCAGUGCACCUUGCACGUAUCUCCAAGGAUAGCAGUUGUUUUUAGUGGAGUUUACACAACUCUUCACUAGACCAGAGACUCCUACCUAGCACACAGAGGAAUCAUCUGGAGAUACUGUUAAAACACAGAUUCCGAGACCCCAUCCAUAGAGGUUCUGAGGUAGUGGGUCUAGGGUGGCAGCCCAUAAUUUGCACUUUUACUAGCUUGAUUGUAAUACUUCCAAUUCCAAAGUCACACUUCGAGUAGCACUGUCCUAAUGGAUAUGAACCAAAUCCUUCUUUUAAUGUCAUAAGAGGUCCUAAUAAUCUGUUGAAUAGACUGGUGAUGAAAAGGAUAAAAACCAGUUGGCAAAAAUCUGUAAAUAGACGGGCUAGCUUAGAGUAUUACUUUCUGUGAUUAAUUAACUUGAUGUAAAUAAAGUGUUUACAUCACUUUAUUUACAUGAAAAAUUGGUUUUUGUAGGGUGUGAACUCUUAAUGAAUAAAAGCAUAUAAAUAAGGUCA